CGAGCGAAAGCCAAGGCUCGCCGGGGAGAAAGCGCGGAUAUGCUCCUCAGGCGCCUCUAAACUGACUCGCAGCUGCUUCACCCGCCAGACAGUUGCUCAGCAGAACCUUUCAACAUGAACAGUACUGACAAUGGGAUUGGUGGCAUUUGUGCAAUAUGUGGGGACCGAGCAACUGGCAAGCAUUAUGGUGCCUCUAGUUGUGAUGGAUGCAAAGGUUUCUUCCGACGCAGCAUACGAAAGAGCCAUGUUUACAGCUGCAGAUUUAGCCGGCAAUGUAUUGUUGAUAAGGACAAGAGAAAUCAGUGCAGAUACUGUCGCUUAAAAAAGUGCUUUCGUGCUGGAAUGAAGAAGGAAGCUGUUCAAAAUGAACGGGAUCGAAUAAGUACCAGACGAAGCACCUCUGAUGGCAGUGCUCCUCCUUCUAUUAACACACUGUCCCAGGCUGAAGUGCUUUCUCGUCAGAUUCCUCUUUCAAGUUUAAAUGUUGGCACUACUGACAUCAGUGUUAAGAAAAUUGCGGGUAUUAGUGAUAUUUGUGAAUCUAUGAAGCAACAGCUCUUGGUUCUUGUAGAAUGGGCAAAAUAUAUUCCAGCUUUCUGUGAACUACGGCUGGAUGACCAGGUUGCCCUGUUAAGAGCACAUGCUGGAGAACAUCUUUUACUUGGAGCAGCAAAAAGGUCUAUGGUUUACAAAGACAUCAUUCUUUUAGGUAAUGAUUUUGUCAUCCAUCGCAACAGUUCUGAAACUGAGAUUAGCAGAGUAGCAAACCGGAUCCUGGAUGAACUCAUUAAACCAUUUCAGGAAAUUCAGAUUGAUGAUAAUGAAUAUGCGUGCCUAAAGGCAAUUGUAUUUUUUGAUCCAGAUGCAAAGGGACUGAGUAACCCAAUGAAGAUCAGGAACAUGAGAUUUCAAGUUCAAAUGAGUUUGGAGGAUUAUAUCAAUGAUCACCAAUAUGACUCCAGAGGUCGCUUUGGAGAACUCCUGUUGCUUCUGCCUACAGUCCAGAGUAUCACCUGGCAAAUGAUUGAGCAAAUACAAUUUGUAAAACUGUUUGGUAUGAUUAAAAUUGACAGUUUACUUCAGGAAAUGUUGCUUGGAGGUACAUUUAAUGAUGCUACUAAUCUCCAGUCAAUUCAUCCUCAUCUAGCCCAGGAUCCAGUUACUGGGCAAACUCUGCUUAUAAGUUCAGUAACAGCUUCUGCUCAUACAGAACAGAUAGCAACUCCUGAAACUCCACUACCUUCACCUCCACAAGGUUCUGGCCAGGAAUACAAGAUAUCUCCAAACCAAGUUACAGUUAUUUCGCAGCACUCGCUUCCAAAACAAAAAACAUUGUGAUAUUGAUCAAUGGUUCUUUUAUAUUACAAGCACUGCAUUAACAAUCUUGACAUUGAAAAACUCAGGGUAGAGAACUUUGAUCCAGAUAGAAUAAAAAGAGCUUUGCUUUUGUUUGUUUGGUUUUUUUUAUAAUUUUUGCUUAAUGCUUGAAUUGAGAUAUUUGUGGAUGUUAAUAUUUGAAAGCUGUGCCUUCUUUGCAAUGCCUUUGAAUAAUCACUGAAGAGCAUUAAUAUGUUGUCCCUUUGUAUUGUGUCAUCUUAACUAUUAAAUAUGUGUAGCAGAAUGCAAAUCUGAUUUCAAUAAAAUUACUAGAUAAAAUAUAGAGAUAAUGAAAAAGCAAAGCAAGCAGUUUUAACAAUUAAUCUAAACAGUUAUUUCAUUUUCUUGAAUGCAGAAUAGAGGUCGACUGCCAAAAUGUUUCUACAAGGAUUGGCAUGAUGACUCUAUGUAUCAUUAAUGAACCCCUUGAACAUAAUAAUUCAGGGGUGAGGUGCUACUACAGAAAAGGUUGUGACUGCUGGUACUUGUUAACCAAUGGAUCCACGGAGCACUCAUUCCUAAUUAGCGGAUGGGUGGAAACUAAUUAAGGAGAGAAGCAACUUAGAACUAAGGAGAAAUUUCCUGACAGAACAAAUAAUCAGUGGAAUAACUUGCCUCCAGAAGUUAUAAAUGCUCCAACACUGGAAGUUUUAAAGAAGAGAUUGAGUAACCAUUUGUCUGAAAUGAUGUAGGGUUUCCUGCCUAAGCUGGGGGUUGGACUAGAAGACAUCCAAUGUCCCUUCCAACUCUGUUAUUCUGUUCUAUGCUAAUCUAAGUACAUGUGCAGAGGCUUUUAGCUGUUGGGAAACAAACCUUUAUAACUGUUUGCCUUGUGUUUUUCUGGGAAGCUUAAAGCUUAAAUAUUGAAUUUCCCUGGUAGUCUUAUUCUACAAGCUAACUUGAACUCAUCAAAUUUGAUUUCCAAGCCCAGCCAACACCUAUCAGGGAUUGAUUGUUUUAAAUGCCUUCUGAUCCCAAUGGCUAAUAUACGUCUUCCUCAAUUUUAGGUCCUCUACCAGAGGCUUGAAAGUAUGAGGGUUCUGCACAAUAUCUUAGCUGUUUCUAACACUGCACUCUUCUGCAUAGAGAACUCUGUUGUUGUUCCUUGGAUCUGUUGGAACCAUUGUCCCAUCUUAAAAAUCAUAGCCCUGAGUGCUCCUACCACCAUCAGGACUACUUUGGAUUUUACUUUUCACAUCCUCUCACUCCUUUGGGUCCUGGCACUUCUCCAUCUUCUCAUACUCCUUCUUGAUGCUAGUGUCACUUGGCACUGUUACAUCCAUCACCACUGCUGUUUUCCGGUCCUUGUUUACUACCACAAUGUCUAGCUGACUGGCGGGUACCUACCCAUCUGUCUGGAUCUGGAAAUACCAUAGGGUCUUAGCUUUCUUACUGUCCACAAUCUUCUGUGGAAUCUCCCAUCUGGACUUAGGAAAGUCUAGUCCAUACACUACGCAGAAGCUCCAGUACAUAAUGUCACCUACGUGGUUGUGCUGCUCAGUAUAUGCUUUUCCUGCCUGCCACUUAUACCCUGCCAAUAUGUGUUGAACUGUUUCUGGGUUCUCUCUGUACAGUCUGCACCUUGAGUCCUAUCUAAUGUGGUAGACAUGGCUUGUAGGGAUCUGGUGCUUAGUGAUUGCUCUCAUGCUUCUAAGAUCACCGCCUCAGUGCUGUACUUUAGUUCAGCCCUUUCCAGCCACUGGUAGGAUUUUCUGGUGACUGCCACCUCAGAUACUUGUUGAUGGUACAUCCCAUGCAGAGUCUUGAUUUGCCAUGGGGCUUCCUCUACUUGAUCUUUCUUCCAUGUCUGCUGCUACCCCAGGCAUUCUUUUAGCAGCUCAUCUUUGGGUGCUAUCUUACUGAUGUACUCAUGGAUGUUCCGGGUUUUAUCCAGGACAGUGGCUUUGAUUGUUUUUUACACGCACACACACACGCACAUGCACACACACACACUUUUACAUGAUGUGAGAUCCUGGUCAAUGACCACUAUAAAGACAUCUGAAAUUCAGUGAUUUUUUUAGGAUGCCAAAACGUUUUUCACAAUUCAGAAAUGAAAAACUUGUUCUUUUAGAACUCUUUUGUAUUAUUACCUAUUUUACACAAACCUUUUAAAAAAGAGUAUAUUGUAAUUUAUUGAAAAAUGAUUUAUUUUCUAAAUGUAGAAUUAUUUUUGUAUGCCUAAUUGUAUAAAAUCACCAUGACUAGCUUUGUUUCAAAUAGUAUUGUGUUAAGUUGUUUGAACGAUGAUGUAAUGUAUGAAUAUAGGCUUGAGUAGCCAUGAAAUGGUUACCGCAAAUGUUUUUAGACUGACUGUUUUUCAUCAAUGCUCAAUAAACAUAUAUUGAAAACAUAUGAAUGUGAAA